UUGGAUCCCAUGAAGGCCACCACCGAGGCGACGCUAGCGUACGCAACAGGUGUCUUACCCGGUCCCAGGCCACCAUCGUCCCCCUACCCAAAAACCAAACCUGAUCUGUGCAGCUUGGCCACCCUUACCCUCCGGCUGAAGCAUCAGCCAGCGGUUCCACUCUGUCCCGCGAAUGUGCGGGUGCGGGGCGUGUAGACGUGAACAGAAGCGGGCGGAAAUGCGUUUGCGCCAACGUAAAGGGGAGCCGGCGAAAAAGAGCGAAAUCUCGUAGAUAUGAAGGAAAUGAGUCUGCGGAUUCAGGAUCCCAAAAAACAAAAAUAUCAGAACGGUCAAAUUUACAGGAUCUAUUCGGGCCGGCUAAAUACCUCCGUCCCGCAAACCGGCAUUUAUUUUGCCGGAUUGACCGGUUUGCGGGAUCUGCAGAUACCAGAGAUGCUCUUACAACCCAUGUGCCGUGGACAGGAACACCUCGCUAGCAGGUCGCCUGGCUCGGAUCGUUUAACUUUUCUUUUUGAGAUCGAGAACUAUAGGCUCUCCUCAACCCUUACCCAUCGCUCAAUCCUCGCCUCUUCCUCCAUAUAUUAAAUAAAAGCAAAUAAAAUCUCUCCCCUCUUUCCCGGCUUAUCUCCAAAAUCCAGCACCGAUAGAUCCUCACCUUUCUUCUCCGAGCCACCUUGGCUUGCCCCUCGUCCUGCAACGUCGGGUCGACCUCACCAGCCCCCUGCUCUCGAGCCACCUCCCGUAGGCCGAUGCGGGCUGGGCGGAAGCGGCAGCGUCAAGACGGAGCGUGGUGACAGCAUCCUGCGGCACUAGAUCCACAGCAGAGAUGGUAAAGAUUCAAGAUGCCUCCACGUCCUCUGGGCCAGCGAUGGAUGAUCCUGAUGCUACUUCCCUUGAGGCAGCGAUGCAAGUUCCUAUUACUGUCAUGCUGGGGCCCAUGGGACCCCUCCUCCGGAGACUCCAUGCGCUCAUGGCUCCCCGACAGAGUCUCGCGCUAGCUCUGCUCAGCGCGGAUGAUAUCCGCCUUCUCAAUGAUGGUCUCAAGGAUUUAUGCAUCUCCCUAAAGAAUAUGUCAGAAGACGAGGAGGCUAGCUUCACCAAUCGGUGGUGGAUGAAGAUAGCUCGAGAACUUUGUUAUGACGCGGAGGAUCACCUGGACGAGGUCGUCAGAGCCAGCGCUCAUCUCGAUUUUUCAGAAUUACUUGCUCGGGUGAAGGAUGCGAAGGAAAGACGUGAACGUUUCAAGUGGUUUCCUCUCAAAGUCAUCGAACCAGCUGACACUGACAGUGGGGAAGUCGGAGUCAGCCGCCUCACCUCCCAAAUGUCUCCAGAGCUGCCAGCUCCCAUGUGUGUCGAUGUUGACACGGGCAUUGCCCGUAGCACAGUUGGUGCUGUGGAGCUGCCAAACAAGCUUCUCGAGCUGCUGGCUUUAGACGACGACAACAAGACAGGUCUCAAGGUGAUACCUAUAAACGGAUGUGCAGGUGUUGGAAAGACAACAGCUGCCAGAGGCAUGUAUCACAGGCAUGGAGGGAAAUUUCAGUGUCGGGCUUUCGUAAUCGUCUCACGGAACCCAGAUAUGAGGAGGUUUCUCACUAGCAUGCUCUCACAGGUAAAGGCACCACUGCUCAUUGGCUUUCCUGAUGUACCGGACCUUAUUGAUGCUAUCAGAAAACAUCUGCAAGGCAAAAGGUACUUCAUUGUAAUUGAUGAUUUAUGGACCGCAUCAGUAUGGAAUAUUAUUAGCCGUGCUUUUCCACGUGGUGAUUAUUGCAGCAGAAUAAUAACAACCACACAACUUGAUGAUGUAGCAUUGGCAUGCUGCAGUUAUGACUCAGACCAUAUAUAUAAGAUGGCACCUCUUAAUGAUCACCAGUCUAGAAACUUAUUCUUUGGUAGAGUGUUUGGCUCUGAAGAUGCAUGUCCAACAGAUAUCAAAGAAGAUUCGUACAAGAUUAUCAGGAAAUGUGGUUGUUUGCCAUUAGCAAUUGUAAGUAUAGCUAGUCUGCUGGCAAGCGAAUCAAACAUCGCAAGGGAAAAGUGGAAACACAUACAAGAUUCUUUGUCGUCCACUUCCGAAGGGAUGAAAGAUCUUGUCAGCCUUAUGUACAACAGUCUUCCACCUCGUUUGAGGACAUGCUUGCUAUAUCUGAACAUGUAUCAACAGGGCUACGUGAUCAAGAAGGAUGUGUUGGUGAAGCAGUGGGUCGCUGAAGGUUUUCUCAAUGCCGUGGAAGGGCGAGACACAGAAGAAAUUGCUGAGGGUUACUUUGAUGAGCUUGUCAGCAAAGGAAUGGUCCAAGCCGUGGACACCAGUACUAACGGCGAGGUGUUGUCAUGUACAGUUCACCAGAUUGUACUGGAUUUUAUUAGGCACAAAUCCAUGGAGGAGAAUUUUGUCAUCACUGUGGACUAUUUUCAAUCAACUGUAGCACUUCCUGACAAAGUUCGCCGGUUGUCCGUCCAGUUUGGAGGGGUAAAAAGUGCAUACAUACCGGAAAGCAUUGUAACAUCCCAAGUUCGAUCACUUAUAUUUUGGGGUUUCGUUGAGUGUGUACCUUCCAUUACAGACUAUGGACUUCUGCGAGUUUUGAUUCUUCAUAUUUGGGCUGAUGAAGACAACGAGAGUUUUGACCUCUCUGGAAUGGGGGAGCUUUUUCUUCUCAAAUAUCUCGAGAUUGAAUGUAAUAUCACCGUCAAGCUUCCAGACAAAGACAAGAUUCAAUGGCUGCAACACUUGGAGACAUUGCAAGUUGAUGCAAGUUUAUCUGAAGUUCCAUCAGAUAUUGUUAAUAUGAAGAGAUUACUGCACAUCCGCCUUCGGAGCGAGUAUAUUUUGCCCAGUGUAGCUGCCCACAUGACAUCUCUUCGCACUCUGGGGUAUUUUGAUAUCGGCAGUCACUCAGAAGAGAAUGUAUUACAUCUUGGUCGGCUGACCAAUCUUCAGGAUCUUCAGCUCACAUGGUCUACAGUGGGGCCAGCAGAAAAACUGGCAAAGAAUGUGCAACUCCUAGGCUCGAUUCUCGAGAAACUCACCUUCUGUCAUUCCCUAACUCUGGUACCAGCUGCUUCAGGCUCCUCGUGUGUAAAUAUUCCUGAGGAUGGCUUCAGCAUGGGGUUUCCUCCUCCAGGCCUUCUUCUUCGCAGGAUGGAGUUGUCGUGGCGCUGUUGCGUCUUCUUCAGCCUCCCAAAGUGGUUUGAAGAGCUCAACAAACUCAGCAUUCUAAAGAUUGGAAUUAGAAGGCUGUUGAGGGAAGAUAUUGAUCUCCUGAAAGGACUGCCUGCCCUCACUGCUCUCAGCCUGUAUAUCCAGACAGUUCCUGCCCUCACUGCUCUCACCCUAUAUAUCCACACAAUUUCCGGAGGAUGCAUCGUCAUUGACAAGGGGGGGUUCCAAGCACUCACGUACUUCAAGUUCAUGUGCGCUGAACCAUGCCUGUUUUUUGUACAAGGAGCAAUGCCCAGAGUCCAAAAGCUCGUGAUAGGGUUCAAUUCAAGCAAAUGGAAACCACAUACCUUUGGAACUGCUGGCUUCUGUCACUUAACAGGCCUUACAGAGGUCUCUGUAAAACUUGGGACCUGGGGUACUGAUGAAUUGGACAUUAACGAUGCCGAGUCUAAAUUGGUGACCGCAGUUAGCAAUCACACGAAUUCUCCUAUAAGCAGAGUACAAUUCGUAGAUAUGAUUUCCUAUGGUGUGGAUGAUAAGAGAACUGCGACUGAAGAAAAACGUGGGGGCGGGGGUGUUGAUAAAUUCGGCAUGAAAGCUGCCGAGUCUGCAUCAUACUCUCGCAUAAGCAAUCACAUGAACUCUUCAAUAAACAGUUCACAAUGGUCUGAUGUGAUUUCUUGUGGCAGUGGGAAUAAGAGUAGCAUAGCUGAAGAAGUGGAGGAAAAGCUACACCAGAUUCGAGACCGACAGAAAAAGAAGAGGGAAAGAUCGGUGGAACAGCCAUCUGUUCUAUCUUUUUUUCCUGAAAAAGAAGUUGAAAACCCAUAUGAAAUUGAAUAUCGCAAUAAAAAGAUCAAAUAUUUGGAGGAACGCGUGCACAAGCCAUUAGUAAAUACCAGAUAUGUGAGAAAAGAUGGUGCUUCCACUCCUCUGAAGCAUCGCACACAAUCAGCCAACCUUGUGACGGGUGCCUUUAGCUCCCUCCUCCCCAAGAUCCUGGAGCUCCUCAAUGACAAGUACGAUCUGCGGAUGGACAUAAAAAAAAACAUCGAGUCCCUCUACAAGGAGCUGGAGGGUAUGCAAGCUGUCCUCCAUGACUUGGCGAGGAGGGAACAGGCUCAACUGGAUGCUGUGGUCAUGAUCUGGGCCAAGGAAGUAAGAGACCUCUCGUAUAAUGUGGAGGAUAUGAUCGAUUCCUUAACAGGGGAAGAGAUAAGAGGCUUGUCCGAGAAGACCCCGUUCUUCUUCCUCGUGAACGACACUGACUUCAUCUAUGAGAACAGGGAAAAGGUCAUCAAUGAGAUCAGGGAAAAGGUCAAAGGUGUGGCCAGCCGACGUGAGAAGUACAAGGUUGAUGACCGGAUUGUUGCUGCUUAUCCAAAAGCCACAGAUAACGUUGAUCCUCCCCUGUUGGAUCUGUUCCAAGAGUCGGAAGAAGUUAUUGGCAUCGAAGCUCAAGUGGAAGAGGUGAUAAGGCAGCUGAAAGGACACGAUUGGGACAACAACAAUAACAAGCUGAAGAUAGUCUCCAUAGUUGGAAUGGCAGGAUCGGGCAAGACAACUCUUGCGAAAGCAAUUGCCAAAGCAGUUCCCAAAGAAGUGCUUCAUGAUACGGUUUUCGUUUCCGUAUCUCAGGAUCCCAACAUGAAGAGAGUUCUCAUGGACAUCCUCCUUCAAAUUGACGAGCGGGAGUACAGGAGUCUCACUGGAUCAACGUUCGAUGCAAAGCUGCUUAUAAAUAUAAUCCGGAGAGUAAUUGGGAGCAAGAGGUACUUCAUUGUUAUUGAUGAUAUAUGGGAUGUGAAGUCAUGGAAAUUUAUAAAGGAUGCUUUAGAUACUCGAUGUGGAAGUAGAGUAGUCAUAACCACAAGGCUUUUGGAAGUUGCUGUCAAUGCUGGUGAUGUUUACAAGCUAAAAGCACUUUCUCAUUCGCACUCUGGAGAAUUGUUUAAUACAAGAUUAUUUGGUGGCAAAGACAAUGUCCCUCGUGUCGUGCCGGAGGUACCUGAAAAGCUUUUACAGAAAUGUGGUGGUGUACCAUUAGCUAUCAUCACAAUGGCUAGUUUGUUUGCGAGGAAACCAAGGAACUAUUGCUCUAAGGUGCACACCAAUGUUAGUUUUGGGUCUGCAGUUGGAGGCAAUAGAGAUGUCGAUGAAACACGGAGGAUACUAUUGUCUAGCUAUUAUAAUCUGCCUUAUCAUCUGAGGGCAUGUUUAUUGCAUCUGCAGGUUUUUCCGGAGGACUAUUUAAUAACGGAAGAAACUUUGAUCUGGAAGUGGGCAGCCGAAGGUUUAAUUGUUGAGGAACCAGGAAGAGGGUUAUUUGAGAUUGGAGAUGGAUACUUCAAGGAACUCAUAGAUAGCAGCGUGGUCAUGCCAGUGGAGGAUGACUCAGAUUAUGGGACAAUUGUUGGUUGCCGUGUCCAUUACUUGGUUUUUGAUAUGAUCUGUUCCUUAUCAGCUAUAGAAAAUUUUGUUACCAUAGAGGAUGGAAGCAGUCAAUACUCUCUUAUUGAAAGCAAGCAGGCUCGCAGGUUAGGUAUCCAAAAGUGGACCACGGAGAACGGCGACCCUCUGGCUAACAUUGGCUCGAGAAGUCUGAGGUCAUUUAAUACCACGGGGUGUCGUUUUAGUGUGGAACUAUCACUUUCAAGGUUUAAGCUCUUGCGUGUCAUUGCUAUCGAAGAAUGCACAUUGCUUGAUGGCGAUCUUUCUCCUCUGGGGAAGUUAAUUUUGUUGAGGUACCUCGGACUAUAUCACACACUUAUCAAGAAGCUACCGGAAGACAUUGGUGAGCUAAUUUAUUUGCAGACACUGGACCUGAGGGGGACCAGGGUCCAUGGAUUGCCCUGGGAAGUUACUCAGAUAAGUCAGCUCAAGUGCCUGCGAGCUGAUGGAGACACAGCAAUGCCUUACGGGAUGGGAAAACUUACAUCCUUAGAAGAGCUGCGGCUGGGCGCGAUUGACACGUCGGCAGACUUUGUGGAUGGGUUGGGCAGACUGACAGAGCUGAGGGAGCUCGAGAUUCGGAUUAACCAGUUGGAUGUGAACGAGGCGGGAGCUUUGGUGCAGUCUCUGAAAAAACUAGAGAAAAUCCAAGUCCUAAGACUUGUGGGAUUUCCUUGGCCACCAUCUCGUGUUGACGAGCUCAACUGGGGAAACUUUGAUCCGCCUCAACAACUCCGUGAGUUGCAUCUAAGCAUCCCAUCCACUCGGCUGCCGGCGUGGGUUCACGUCUCCCGUGUUCCAAUGCUCUCACACUUAGUUGUGAGCCUCAAGUCUAAGGAGGAUCAGGAUUUGGAUAUUCUUGGUGCUUUGCCAGAGCUCAGUAGUCUGCAGCUGGUGCUGCCGUCGAAAGUGGUCCUCAGCAUCACUGGUCGUUCCGGUGCAUUCCCGAGGUUGAGGUACUUUCGCACGUCUGUACCAGCCAAGUUUCUAAGAGGCGCUAUGCCCACACUGGAAUUCCUUCACUUUGAUGCCAAUUUUGACUUUGAUCCUGACUUUGCUGCAUCAACGUUGGGGAACCUGCCUUCACUUCAGAAAGUGGAAGUGGAAAUAACAUCCAAUGCUCUCUCCUUUGAGUCGAUGAAUGAGGUGAUGAAGCGUGCAGUGGACCAACAUCGAAACCAUCCCAGCCUUCGUGUCAUCAAAGUAGAUCAUGUGCAUGCAGGGUUUUUAGAACAAUUCAAGUGGCCCGCCACCCGGCACAUAGCGGUGAUCCUGGGAGGCAGCUCAUCACGAGUCACGACACAACAUUGGCAGAGUUGACACGGACAUGAAACCAUGGCCAAAGUUGCGCCCCGAGGCUGGCAAAGAUGGGAGCCGACGGCGCAAUCCAAGCUCACAGCCGCUGCGCGCGAUCGCCACCAUGAUGCUUACCAGCUCGUCCCGCCCGAAGGACAUCAUAACUCCGGAAGAACACCGGAAUUAUGAUGUCUCCCACAGGGUGAAGGCGAAGCAGACCCCGGAAUUUCAAAUUCAAAGUCACCUCGUAUACCGAUGGAUUUGGCGAUUUGGUGUGUUUUGCUACUUUUAGUACUACAUUUGUGAAUGGGUGAUCUUAUAUGGAGGAUGCGUGCGCUGCACUCAAACUUGUCUCAGACUUUGACUCGUAGUAACAUGCUAGUGCUGACGUGAUACUAUA